AUGCAGGCGUCCCCUAUCAAAACAGUACUAGAAAGAUGUGAUUCGGCUUCGCCAGCACAAAAUGCUGUUGAACCCGAGCAAGAUACGAUGGACCCUACCAUGGAGCCUCCAUUGGAAUUGUUAUCUGCAUUGGGUGCAUCCACAUCUGCUACACCAGAAUUUGGUGCUAACGUCCAUGAUAGUGUAGCAAAUUUAUGGACGCCGAUAUUGAAGAAAGGCCUCCCUAGUGAGGAAAAAGAUAAGCUUGUUAAAGAAUACCUUCCACCUGGCAACUGUACACUGUUGCAAGCACCCAAGCUCAACGCAGAAAUUUCUGCUGCGGCGACGGAUAUGGUAAAAGGACGAGAUAAAAAACUGUUGAAAUUCCAACAACAGCUCGGAGUUGGUACUGCUGCUAUUGGCAGAGGAAUCGAUACAUUAUUGAAAUCAAACAAUAAGGUUUUAGCCCUGACACAAAUAAGUGACGGUUGUCGAUUCUUAACAGACCUACAUUAUUUACUGUCCAAAGACAGAAUUAAGUUGGUUUCACAUGGUUUGGAAAAAAAUUUCCUAACAGUGAUUCAAGACGCCGAAAGGGAUGAGACAUUAUUUGGAAACUCUUUGUCUGAAAGAAUUAAAGCCAGUCUUGCCAUUAGUAAACAGAGUGCACAAAUCAAAGCUACGACAAAUCAAAGAGCUGGUAUCAACCCCAUGCAGUCACAUAUUACUCGACCCAGCCAGGGAAACUGGUCGGGACCUCCUCGUUACCCUACGAACAGGGGGGGGGCGGGGAGGUCAGCGGAAGUCAACAACGGUAGCACCACCACGCCGGGCUUAUCGACCUCCUGCUCAAAUACAAUCAAGAGUGCACAAGCAGUCCAGGCCACGUGCAGCUCCACAAUAACUCAGGCAGUCAUUCAAAUAUCAACCCCAAAUUGUGAUCUCUCAUAUAUAGAAAGCUUCGAAAUGUUGGAAGCUAUUAAUAAACUACUAGAUUUAGGUGCUAUAUCGCGCUGCAUCCCAUCGCAUGGUCAAUUUAUUUCAAAGACCUUUCUAGCACCUAAGCCUGAUGGUAGCAAACGGGUUAUUUUAAAUCUUAAACCAUUAAAUAAAUUCGUGGAAAAAACUCACUUCAAGAUGGAAGAUUACCGAACGGCAGUUAAACUAAUACCCAAAGGAGGUUAUUUAGCUACCAUAGACUUAAAAGAAGCUUUUCUUUUAGUACCUAUAACAGAAUCUGACCGUAAAUACUUACGCUUUAAUUUUCGAGAUCCCAUUUCUAAUAAAUUAAUCACGUAUGAGUUUAAUGCUAUGCCAUAUGGCCUUUCAGUGGCACCUAGGGUCUUUACGAAAAUUAUGAAGGAAGUCAUUGCCUAUCUCCGAAAACAAGGCCACAAAUCUGUGGUCUAUCUUGAUGACAUGCUGUGUAUUGGAAACAACUAUGACGUAUGUCUAACAAACGUACAGGAGACUCUAAGACUAUUAGAGUGUUUAGGGUUCAUUGUGAAUUAUACUAAGAGUUUACUGACACCAUCUCAAAAAUGUAAAUUUUUAGGUUUCUUGUAUAAUACUGAGAAUCUUACUUUAUCUUUACCACCAGAUAAGCGACAUAACAUCAGAAAAUUAAUUCAAAAGUACUCACGCUUGCCACGAUGUACCAUACGCGAUUAUGCGCAAUUAAUCGGUGUUCUAAUAGCUGCCUGUCCUGCUGUUAGAUAUGGCUUCUUAUAUACAAAAAUAUUAGAGAGACAAAAAUUUAUUUUAUUACAACAAUAUAACCAUAAUUACGAAGCUAAACUAAAUUUACCUAAAUGCAUCCUUGAUGACCUUAACUGGUGGCUUAAAAACAUUUUAACAACUUCGUGUCCAAUGAGAACCAUACACCAUAAGAAAGAAAUUUUUACAGACGCAUCCAGAACGGGUUGGGGCGCUGUGUGUAACGAGGAAAAGAUUAGUGGCAAUUGGAGGACGAAUGAAUUAGAACAUCAUAUUAAUUACUUAGAGCUCCUCGCAGCAUUUUUAGGCCUUAAAAGUUUCGCUAGCGAUGAGAAAAAUUCCACGAUAUUAUUACGUAUUGACAAUACUACGGCUAUUAGUUAUAUAAAUCGUAUGGGCGGUAUUCAAUUUCCACAUCUUAAUGAUUUGACUAGGUCCAUCUGGCAAUGGUGUGAGAAAAGAAAUAUUUGGUUAUUUGCAUCCUAUGUGAAUACUAAAGAGAAUUGCGCUGAUGCAGAGUCCCGGAAAAUUAACCCGGAUACCGAAUGGAACCUAUCUGAUAAAGCUUUCGGUGCCAUCAUACAACAUUUUGGAUACCCAGAAAUCGACCUCUUUGCUUCUCGAAGCAAUGCGAAAUGCAAAAUGUUUGCGUCUUGGAAGCAAGAGCCAGACUCUUACACCGUAGAUGCAUUUACUAUAAAUUGGCAAUUAAAAUACUUUUACGCGUUUCCUCCAUUUUCACUCAUUCUAAAAUGCUUAAGAAAAAUAAUUGAUGAUAAGGCAACCGAAAGUACCAUCCUCUCCACCACAAACUUACCCUGGGUGUCGCGAGAUUAUCCGGACAGCAUUCAUGCGCCACGGCACGCCACCAGAGACACUCGACUUAAUGCUAGCAUCCCUGUCGGACAACACCGUUAA